AGUUUCACUGGCGGUUAUUCGGUUGGGCGUCUUUUGUAACGAGGACAACGAUAUUAUGAUGACUUUAGUGCACAGAGUACCUUCGAGCUAGACACGAGUCGCUACAUAUCAAGUAUCGUUCGACAAGAUUUUUAACUAUCAGUAUGAGCCGACCUCUAUUAUAAAAGCACAAUGAAUUCUAACAAGGAAUUUCCGAAUAACUUCGGAGCUUAUAUCUCUAAAGUUAAGAGGGAUAUUUUACAAACCAUUAAUAAAAAGAAUUCUGUGGGUAGUGUCACUAGGAUCGAUUGUCGUAAUUUGAAGUCUCAACUAUUCGAUGUGUCGGAAAAUGUGGCUUGUGAUUAUAAACACAUGAGCUCAUACACUUAUGACAAUCUAGACAGUGAAAUCUCCGCCGGAAAAAACAACAACUACACACAGUCGGUUAUAUAUUUGGAUGGUUUGUCGGGGACGUUAAGUUGUGAAGAACGUUACUGCUUUACGUUAGUGAUACGUUCUCGAAUGCGCAUUUACUUUGGUUCCUGGCUACGUUUAGCUACAGAUUAUAAAUCUGCACGUAUUUUGCGUGACCAUAAUCUUCUCAAAUCAUCUUUACUCUUCUGGAAAUACGGUAUCCUUUUUACCAUGAAAAGUAAUUACCAUCGAAAUAGUAAUUCGUCCUCCUAAAUAUGAUUUUCAGAAAAUUGAUAUUGAGGUACAAAUUUGUUCCAUUUACUAAAAUUUAAACAAUUAAGCUAUUUGCAUAAGCUUCAUUUAUUACAAAACCUAUCCUGACCAAUUACAGUAUGUUGUGUGGCGAUUGAAACGUACAUUACUUUUUAAUGGAUUGUUUGAUUGAUGAAGUACUUUAUAUUUAACUCAUACAUGAUGUCAUCUUGGAGUUUAUAUUCUAUUCACACUUUUAAAGUCAAUGAAACCACCUGCGAUAACUUUUAGUCCGUGAUACAUUUUUACCUGAAGGGUGUAUGUUGUCAUGACGCUGACGUCAAUGGUUCAUAUGAGCUAAGCUGUCUUAACAGAAUUAACUUGGUAAAUCAUUUAGAAUUCGACUUUCGAAUCUCGCUAAAAUUUGCAAACAAAAAGGCUACAGAUCAUCAUAACAUGAAUAUAAAGGUAAUUGUGUAAGUUCAUUUUUGUCUUCCGAAUAAGACGUGCGGACGUUUACUCAAUAUUGACGUUUUAUCUUUCAGUCACGCUCACUUUUUAUUUGGGUAUCUUACGUACAAAAAAGACGGAGAAGAAACAAGUCAAAAAGUAUUGCAAAUGCUAAUUAUCGUCUUCAGGUGAGUAAGCAACCUUAUUUUCGGUACUGUGAAAAAACUAGCAAAAAGUUAAGCUUGUCGAAUCGUAUGGGUAUUACUUAGCGUCCAAGCAUCAAUUACCGGAAUAGAUAUAAUAAUAUCGUGGAUUUUAUUCCAGUCAUUUACAUAACUGAGUAGUUGGAUCUACAUUCAUGACGAUGACCAUUACUUUUUUGGAGACAGUUACAAACGCACUUUGUCAUAUUGAUUGUAUGACAUUUGUCUUCUAGGACAUGAAUUUAUGUUCUAUCUAGUUCUUAGAAUAAUCAGUUUGCUUUUUGACUGAAUGUCUUUUCAUACGAUUACUAAAUAAUUUAUAAUUCCACUUUUAAUAAAUCAAGGCAUUGCAAAGCCACAUGACAUGUUGGAAAAUGAAAUAUUUUCUAACUGGGAAAUCUGCUGUUGAAAAAUCCCUUUUUGCUGUAGCAAGAGCUCACGAUCGUCGGCAUAUUUUGCGUAAAGCUUUAUUUGUUUGGAUGUUAAAACAUCAGUUUUGGAAACAAAAAAAAAUAUUACGUAGAACCGCACUAAAGUUUCUUCACAAUAAAUUGAACAAAGCUAUCAUGGUGUCAGUAAUUCAAGAAUGGUAUCACCAAAUUUUAGAUAUCCAAAUUUCAAAUAAACAUAAUAGGUAAGCUCAGUUACAAAGUAUUUUAUCAAUGUUAUUUAUAUGGAAAUGUGUUGCUCUAUGGUACAUUUCAAUCUCUACAAUAUCAAACUUAUUCAUAACAAUAAUUCAUCGUGACAGUACUUCUCGCGUGUUUAUUUCCUUGUUAGUUGAGUUUAAAAUUUAGUUUUUUAUUGUUCAUUUUUAUGGCUCAGAUGAAAUAAGGGAAUAUCUGCAAAAGUUUAAGUGAUUUAAUAAUACCAAUUUGUGCACAGAUUAGUCAUCAAAUGCUGGUCAGUAAUAUUUUCAAAUCAUAACUACUAUUUAUGGUUUAUCUACCAUGAGUUAAUCUAGUCGCCUGUCUACUGUUUUAAUAAAUACUUUAAGAAGUAGUCAAAGCUUCAGAAAUCUUCACUCUUUUUAACAUCGAUUUACUUCUUAAUUAUACUGUAAAUGCUCUGAUAGUAUAUUUAUUAAAAGAUGUUAUAUAACUCAUAAAAGUAUUCUAAACCCAAUAUCAUUAAGGACGAAUAAAGUAUGUACGUAUGUAUGUAGAAAAUCUUUAUUGUUUAACUUCAAGUGUACGUCCACAAUCCCACACUCGGGACUCGAAUCCAAGACCCUCUGUUUCGUGCAAACACUUAACCUCUGGACCACUGAGCCGCGAUCCAUUGGUGUUGAUGUUUAACUUCAACCAACCGCGUCGGAUGUGAUUCAGUUGACCACUGAAGACAGUGGAGAAUGGUCGCGCAGUAUGGUGGAUUAGUUGAAGUUGGAAGUUAAAACUGACGUGUCUCGGCUCCACAACCCUUUACUGAUAUUUCAUUCUUUUAACAGACAGAGUGGAGCAUAAACAUAUAUAUUCCUUUGAAUGAAAUCAAGAAAACAAUAUGGAUUAUUCCAUAAUGCCCCCUCAAUGCUAUGGUGCAACCGAGGGUGAGGAGAGUCCGUUCUCCCCCUUAAAAUGCUCUCACAUGGCCACGCGUACACAGCCACUGACGGAGAAGUCCUACUCACUGCCUUCUUGCGUUGGGGGUGUUGUUUAGAAAAUCGAGAAAACGAAAAGCGAAUAUCCGGUGCUUUAACCGAGUUGAUGGACACUGAAGGUCCAUCUAGGCGUUAAAGAACCCUUAUCCUGAACCGAUGGUGCACAUGGGCCUCAGGAUCCUGAGAAAACAAAUGGAGUAUGAACCAAUUGUCAAUUGCCGUCUACCAUGGGACUGCAUCUCCUAACGUUGCUCCGCUGCCUUGUGGAUUAGACCUCUAGGUCAGAGGCUACGGAUGUGGCCCCCUGAUCAAUUGCAGUCCUAAACAACAAUAGGAAGAUACAAGCAAACAACACCAUGUGAAUUUAAACUUCACCCCGUUGCACAAGAAGGUGGCUAUCAGGAAUCCGUAACUAAGUGGAUAAUGCGAUGGCGUUUGACGCUCACUGUACUGGGUUCGAGUCUCGGAGUGAAUUUCAACUCUAGGAUGCUGGUAUAUCAAGCUGACGAGUUCCAAAUAAGACGAAAUGAGCGUCCUGGAUUCCACUGCUAGCCACUAUCCGUCUUUGCUCAUGAUUGUAAUUGGCUAAAAAAUAAAGGUAAAACUAGGUAAUUAGUUUAAUCCAUAUUCGAUGCCUUUCCUGAUCUUAUUUUUAAGUGUGUUGAAAUAUAGGUAGAAUCAACUUACUUAUACAUCAGAUAAAUACAAUGAACACCGGUAAUUUUUAUUUUCAAUAAGUUAUAAACAUUCAAUAAAUAGGAAAUCAGUCAACAUGAUGUACUCAUUUGAUGAUAUCAGAUUUAUAUUCCAGUUACACAUGGCACUAAUUGUUAAUCUGAAGGAUUGUAUUUCGACUUCGUACAUGAUAAAAAAAUUCAGACUUCUGAAAAGUAUAGAGCUUAAACUAAAAAUCUAUUUGAUGUUUCCUGGUUUUUGAUGUAUCUUCAGUUGAUGAAGUCUGUUAUAAUCUUGUCUUGAACAUUAUUUUCAAUGUGUGUUGCGGACGGUAUAUCCCCAAAACUCAUAUUUGUAAUUUUAUCACUAUCGAUUAACUUAUCGAUUAAAUGAUUAAAUAGCAGUCAAUUGAUGAACUCAUUGAUUAAUGUCUAAAAUUCCCCAUGACAAUAUCGAUUAUAUAUAUUUGUAUAUAUACGUUUUAAAUUGUGUUUGUGGGCUCGCUCGUUUUCUGGCUGUUUGCAGAAUAUAUUUUCCAUACCAAGCUUGGACUUCUCUUUCUAGGUAGCGGGGCUGGAACGCAUCGAUAGCUAGAUUACUGGUCUUUGGUCACUGAGUCUUGUUCUCGUUCGCAGAUUAAGUGAACUCGUGAAGCUUCAAACAUAACAAUGUGGGAAAUUAUAUAGUAUAUCCUUUGAUUUAGAUUUUUCCACUAUGUCGAGUUGAAUGUUCGAGUUAUUACGAAACAAAUAACUAUAAAUCGUAAUCAUCUGAUCUUGAUUCUCCUUUCUUGUAGGUAUAGAAUUUUGAAGACGUUCCUAAAAAUGUGGUCAUAUCGAAGCAAAGUAUCAAUUAUAGAACGUCAAAUGUAUUUUUCUGCUUGUAAUUUACAUUCUAUUUUAGUACGUCGUCGGUGCUUUUUCUUAUGGAGAAAUUAUGCAUUAUAUAAGAGAAAAAAACACAAACAAAUAAAAUUUGUUAUUCGAUUUUAUAAAAUAAAUCAAAUAAAAAAGUACUUUGUUGCUUGGAUGAAUUAUCAUUUUGUGGCUGUUGAUCAUCGCAGUAGUGUUCAAUCCAUGAGUAUGAAACAUAAUACAUCAUUAAUCAAACAGUGUUUACUGAAAUGGAAAGAUUAUUGUACUACCAAGCAAUUAUUAUUGUUGAAAUUAUCUCAUUUUAAAAAGUGUCAGAAAAAUAAACUACUCAAGGAAUAUUUUCAAUAUUGGUUGAGUAAUCUUCUCUCUAAACAGUCACAAGAAAUAACAAUCAGGAGUUUUAGAAAACAUAAAUUUAUGGAAAGCAUAAAAAGGUUGUUUCUUGCAUGGUUACAAUGGACGUCUAGUCGUCGAGAGUACCUUUUGAAAAUGCAGCUUACUUUUAAAAUAAGUUUAGAGAAUAUGCGAAUUGUUACUAUACGAAUUUGGUGGAGACACUGGAGAUCUGUGUAUAACUAUUGUUCAAACGCUAAACUUGCAUGCAGACUUUAUGAUAAGCAUAUACUUGUUCAGUGUCUCAAUUGCUGGUCUGCUUUUAUUACUAUCAAGAAACAUAAAAUCAAAUUAUUUAAAACAGCUAAUGACUUUCGAAUUCGAACAAUUCAGAAGCACUUCUUAAGCCAAUGGCAUUUGAAACUAAUUGAAAAUAGUAAAUUUCAAGCUUUGAAAUCCAUAGCUCUUGUGCGAUGGUCUUUAUGCUUACAAGCAAAAGUAUGGAAGGCUUGGCAUUUAUGGAUUGGAAAACAAAAGUAUAAAAGAAAUAGACGAAAAACCGCUACCCAACGGUUUUAUGAGCACAAAACUGUCGACGCUCUAAGACUAUGGAUUUCUGUGGCUUUGAAUAAACGUCAUGAAAGGCAUAUGAAGUACUGUUCAAAAUUUUGGAACAAUGACAUUCGUGUUUUUAAAUUAGUACUUAAUACAGCAACACGUUGGUACUGGUGGACGUUUUCUAGAGGAAUUAGUCAAAAUUCAAGUGAACUUAAUAUGAAUAGUAUUUGGGCUGAUAUUUCUGAAUUGACUAAUGAAAAUCGCAUAUCCAGACUUUCAGAAUGUGGCAAUAAUUUCAGAACAAUACGAAAUCAAGAACUAACACCUGCACGUUAUCCCGACUUCAUUCUCCCUGAACUACAUUCACUUGGGCUUACCAAUGCUAUAGAAUUCGAACAAACAUCAGCUCAUGUAGCUCCAUUAAAUGAAACUUUUCACCAUGAGACGUCCAAUUGUCCAGAUAUUCAUUCCUGUGGUUAUCCAUUUCUCAACACACCAGAUGUUCAUGAAAUUAAUUUAUAUCUAAACUCUUUGUCGGAGCGGGUAUCUCACUACAGAAUGAUAAAGUCUAAAUAUAAUUAUUCUCACUUUGCUCUUUAUUAUUGUAUGGAUAAAAGGCAUUCACAUGCUCUAUACUCUUAUUCUGAUAUCGAUAAAUUAUCUCCAUUAGAUGUUGAUAUGACCGUCAUAAACAAUCCGGAUUCUGAUAAGAGUGGCGUUUUACUGGACACAUGGUCUGUAAAUCACUCCAGUGAUUUAGUUUCAACCCCAAAUGAUUUGGUUUCUUUGGCAUGGCUUCAGAAAAGAGAUAUUUUGCAGAUAGCUCCGUUAGAUGGAGAAGAGGACGGGAGUGAUUCCGUUAGUUCGGCAAUCGCCGGACAAACGGAGGACGACGAUAAUUUCGAGAGCAAUCCUAUCGUGCACAUGGAUUCGUUGGAGCCUGUUGUCAACCGUUCACCUUCACUAAUGCCUGUAUCACAGUUUUCAGUUCUAGACAGAUGUGUCCGACGACCUGCUUCUGUUUCUGGAGAUCAGCUCUCUCAUAACGAACAAUCGCGUUUCUCAACAAACCCUACUGUUCCUCUUGGCACCCAUGGUCUUACAAAGCCGAAUUACAGCUAUACGCACCUUAUAUUUAUGGCAAUUGAGUCUACUCCACAAAAAUGCAUGACUGUCAAUCAAAUUUACAACUGGUGUGAAUCAAAUUUCCCAUUCUAUAAACAUGCUGGUGUUGGAUGGAAAAAUUCUCUUAGACAUAAUCUUUCGAUCAAUAAGUCUUUCAAGCGCCUACCUCGUGAUAGCCGUGGCCCCGGUCGAGGUGCUUUCUGGACAGUUGAACCUCGUGAACGCGCAUCUUUGCUAGACGCUAUUAAAAGAAAUCCGUGGAGCUUCGCCAAUGUGACUGCUAUGGGAUGUCACUUAUCUGAUGGUUCUAACAACGUUACUUCCGCAUCUGCAUAUCCAGUUAGACGUUUUGGUCUUGCACAUAGCGCUCCUAGUCACCUUUUACGAGCCGAGGGAUUGGGAAAAGAUAAACUUGAGUCAACCCCACACAUCCGUUUAUUGUAUACUAGCGAUGGUCAAGUCUUGGCAACUUAUGAUGCUUCAUUUGUUGAUCCGUCAAAAUAUGAAUAUGAUAUGACUGCCAGUAAGGAGAGUGCUGCAACCUUGUCUUCUGAUGUUCCUUUAUCCGAUCACAGAUAUUGGACUUCACCAUCUGGAGACACUGCCAGCACUGAUGGUGCGACGGCUGAGGUUGAAUGGCCAGCCGAAGAAGAGGAGAAGUAUUUGGAUACUUUACGCUUAUUAAACGAAGGAGAAGAAACAGUUGCCAAGUCACAAUCAACUAUAACAGAACCCCCAGAUGAGGGUUCAAUGAGUAAAACGAAGUCCGAAGCUUUGGAAAGCUUUAUCGGUACUCAUAUUUUGGAUGAUGCGAAACUGGUCACUAAACAAAAAAGAAAAUCACGCUUGUUACCAACCCGUAUAAGCAAGUGUAAUGAGUGUAAGGAAAAUACAUCUGGUUGUGAAUCCUGUCUGGCUAAGCGUUAUGAGGUCCUUAAUAGCAAUUACGUUCGUUCGGCGCUCAAAGAAUAUGAUCUUGAUAUUGGUAACAUGUUGGACUGUGAUCAGGAACCGGGGCCCGCUGGUGGACCACUUGUUAAGACAACGGCUACUAGGAUUUCUAAGUCAGCUUCACCAGUUGCCGAGGCAAAUGAAAGUGAUAUAGAUUCAUGUGACAAAAAAUCAGCCAACCCUGAAACAUUAAUUUAUUCGUCAGAUGAAGUUUACGUCACACCACCCCCGUACAUUGACCAUGAAUAUUCUCAUUGCCAAGCCCAACUGCGCCGACCUGAAGAAAAUCAGCUUGUAAAUAAAUUUAACGACAACUACUAUACAGGUAGACUGUCAGAAUUAAUGAACCUCUAUCCGCUUCUCAAAGCUUUUGUGGAUUCCAUAGUUCUAGAAACAGAUGCUAAUUAUGAAACAGAUGAAUUUGAUGACGGCUUCAGUUCAUCAGGAAAUGAUAUAUACAGUGAAGAGGAUUUUGAUGGAGGAAACCAUGAAUUAAAGGACUCGGGUAGUCAGGAUCUUUGUGAUUGCGAAUAUACUUUUUGCAAAAGGAGCUCUCGUCGCCAGCAUAUGGUUUCACCGUAUUUCGAAGCUCGUAAGACACGUCCCUUUAGAAUUUCAUCUCGUAAUGUUAAGCAGCGUAAGGGAACGAGAUCAAUGAAAUUAUCUUCAUUAAACAGUUGUCCCACUCGAAGAUCCAAACGAGUUAUAAAGGCUCCUCGCCGUCCAUAUGAUGACUUUGAGAAGUCUCAAUACUAUAAUUAUGAAUUAGAUGAUGAGUCAAGAAUAUUGAUUUUUGAUGAAAAGGAAGGAAAUUUUAGUUCCAGUGCUCGAUCUAGUAUGAUGGAACGUUACAGUCGCCAUUCGCCUAAUAGUCAGUCAGAUAUUGAUUCAGAGAGUGCUGAGAAAUCUGUGGAUAUUGAGAAUGGUCGAUAUCGGUAUCAUAAUCAUCACCGAUCAUUAAAACGCGCUCGUCAACCUAUUUCAAGUACACAAACACACUUAGAUAACAUCGUUGAUCGUUCGCCUCCUAAUUUGGAGGACUAUGAUUUUAGUUCUGAUCAAGAAGAAAGUUAUUUAUGUGCUGCUUCCACAUUACAAGUAAGCAAAAACAGGAUGACCUUAAGCUCAUCGCAUCAACUUAACAAACGAUCGCAAACAAAAAAACAGGAGACACAUCUUGAUGUCGCUGGUGGUUGGGCUUCUAUGAAGUGGUCCGUUGGGCGGGAAAUAGAUGAACCUUCAAUUAAUUGUGUUAAGUUAAGAAGAAGUCACAACGGUUUUCCUGAUGAUGAAUGUGAUAAAAUUCAAACCUAUAAACAGACAGCAGAGGAGCCUGUUUUAAAACGCAAUAAACAGACGGCUGUUGAUGCAGCACGAUUACUGCUGGGAAUCAGUCAAAUCCAAAAUCUCAGACAGAAAUCUGAGUGUUUGAAUCUGGACACCAGUGUAGCUAGUUCAACAUUAGAUUUCAAAAGAACAACCAUCUCCGGUACAGAUCAUGCCACUUCUGAAUCUAUGAUAUUACAAGAAGUGCCGGCCACUCUGAUCUAA